GGACAUGCAGGUUAGCGCGGUGUCCUCCCUCUCACUCGGUCAGAGGUGGCGAUGCAACGCUCGUAGGGAAUCAACACGCGUCGCUCCGGCUCUCGCAGUGUGCCUCGUAGCCUCCGUGUGCCUGGAUAACGUACGUAGGGAGCGGAAAACGUUGUAAAAACUUGCGGGGACAGUCCAGCCGUGCGUCGUGUGGAUUGGUAAGACUCUGAACAUCACGGAUUCUGCUGUACCGUGUGAAAUGUAUGCCGCAGGUGAGGUGUGAGGGAGAGCGUGAAGGGAGUCUUGAGGCACCUGACGUGAAAUGUAAUCAGUGAGGAACAGGAGAGGAGAGAAGGGAAGGAAGGAAGGCCGCUGCUACUGGAGGUGUGUGUGUGUGUGUACGUGGACUCUUGCCAUGUUCGUUAGUUACUCUAUAUCGUGACUUGCUGUGCUGAUAUCGCUGUAACUGAACGUCUCUUCCGUAAAUCAGUUCCCACGAAGACGAGUGAAGAAGUAAGUGAAUAAAAUGACGUAGAGGAAACUGAGAGCAAGUGACGGAUUGAAUUAAAACUAGAUACCAAUUAGAAAGAGCAGAAGAAGAGGAAGCUGAGAAAUAAAGUGACUGGUUAACUUAAACUCGAUACCAAAGGAAAUUAGUUAUAGAAAGUGACGUUUUAGACCUAAGUGGUGGCUGUAUUGGGGUGAUUUUGAGCUUAUAAGUGAAAAAAGGGCAAAAAAGCAUUAUUAGUAUAUGAUUGAAGAUUGAGCAGCUUAGAAAAAUAAAGAAGAAGAAAUAGUUACGACUUUGAACGUUAAUACAUUUUGACGGUGAAGAGAAAAAAAGUUAACGGUGAAGUUUUAACAGAGAGAAAAAAAAACGUAAAAUUAAUACAGGAAAAAUAAAAAUAAAAUACCCUUGACAGAACACCUAAAAAAAAGGACAAUAAAAAAAGGAAUAACAAAAUACAGUGAUCGUAAAAGGGAAAACAAACAAACAAACGCAUAAACAAGUCCCCCAAAAAGAAAGAAAGAAAAAAGAGAGAGCAAGAGAGAAAGAAUGGCCACUACUUGAAACAUAAACGCGAAAGAAAGAAGAAAAAAGACGGCAGUGGGUGUUGUGGUGACAGGUGCCCGUGUGUGUGUGUGUGUGUGUGUGAGUGUGUGUGUGUGUGUGUGUGUGUGUGUGUGUGUGUGUGUGUGUGUGUGUAUUGACUGUCGCUCAUCCACUAUUCACAAUGACGAAGCCGUGAAGUCAAGUCAAGGAAGGAUUUGACAGCCAGAGAGAGAGAGAGAGAGAGAGAGAGAGAGAGAGAGAGAGAGAGAGAGAGAGAGAGAGAGAGAGAGAGAGAGAGACCUAACCACACCAAUAAUCUAACUGACGAAUGCUGUAAAAUUUGCGACCACCUCAAAACCUAACCAACAAACAGCAACUUCUAAACAGCGAAUAUCUUCCUCUUAAAGUGCAAACCCAACCACAGCAAGAAAAAGCAGGAAAAAGCUGUUGAUUCUGCCCACUUAAACAGCACCACAGCGUCUCCACAGCAUCAGAAGAGAUUUUAAGAUGCGAAGAAUUUAACCUCACAGCGAAGAACGAAGAGGAAUUGACCGAGUGUUAACUGGGUCAUUCGCUCACAUCAUCCAGUCAGUCUGUCAGUCGGUCAGUCAAGUCCUUCCCCUCCUCAGCACUUCAUAAGAACGCAUAAGGACUUCAAGCGGCAAAAUGUCACUCCCGACCAUUCCUACCUGACUCGGCCCUUACACACGCGUCGUCACACCCCCACCAUGCGUUCUAUAGGUCCAGGAACGCCCCGACGAUGCUAACGCGUGAAGGGACAGCCAGACACGUGUGAGAUCCGUCCCUCGCGUGCGCUGCCCCCUCUUGGCGGCGGCAGAAAGGAGCGGAGAAGAAGGGUCGAAGGAGAAGGGAGAGGCGGUACUUGAGGCGUCUUCCGAUCAGAUGGGAGCGAGCCGGCAGCCGUUCGUUUGUCUCCUGCUAGCGGUGGCAGCGCUGUUGGCGGAGGUGGCGGGGGAUGGAGGGGGACAGCUGGAGGUGGAGAUGGCAGGUGGUGGAGGCGGAGGCGGUGGUGUUGGUGGAGGUGGUGGACCCGGUGGUGUGAUGGCCGACCAGCUGCUAAACAACUCCCAUACCGUGGUCCUGCCAGGCGACUCUGCCAAACUGGCCUGCCCGCUGUCCUCAGAUGUGUAUGGUUCGUUCCCCCGUGCUCCCCAGCGGGUGUCGUGGAUCAGGCGGCGGGACAUGCAGCUGCUGUCCAUUGGGGAUAACCUGUUUACGGGGGACCACAGGAUUUUCGUCUCCCACUCAAGGCACCAACACAAGAAGGACUCCAGACACACACAGGUGUGGUUCCUGCACCUGAAGAACGUGACGAAGGAUGACGAGGGGGAGUAUGAAUGCCAAACGUCCACACACCCGCCCAGCUCUUACAUGACGUUCCUGAAAGUGCAGACUGCCUGGAGUGAGCUGCAGGGGACGGCGGUGCGGCACGUGGCGGCGGGCAGCACCUUGAGGCUCGUCUGCACCUUCCGCGAUGCCCAGUUGCCCCUCAAGUACGUCUUUUGGUACCAGGACUCCAAGAUGAUCAACUUCGACAAGGAGCGAGGCGUCAACUUCACCCUGGAGCGGGAUCACAGUGUGUUGACGGUGUCCUCUGUGUCCGACUCCCACGCCGGUAACUACACCUGCCAGCCGGCCAACACUGCGCCCUCCUCGGUCCUCGUUCUCGUCAUGGUCGAGACGACGGAGCCAGGGGCGGAGGGCAGCCGUGGUCAGAAGGGCGCUGAGAACGAGAAAACCCAGGUCAGGCAACUCGGCGUCAAGAGCGCCUCGUCAGCUGGGCCGCGGCUUUUACCCCGGACGCUAGCGCUGUUCCUCUUGGGCCCGCUGCUCUUAGACGCUCUCGCCUUCCCGCGGGUCUUCCACAGUAACUUGUAGAGAGGCAGAGACCGGAGCCGCACCCUUACAUAUAUAUACCCCGUUCCGCUGCCCCUACCCCGUCCUCCUCCUCCUACGACUUUUACUACUCCGACGACUGUUGUUUUGUUGCCGGGUAGCUCCGUUUUAUGUGAGAGAACGAGAGAGAGAGAGUGAAGUUACCUCCCUCCUCCUCCUCCUCCUCCUUCUUCUCCACCACCGCCCUUCACCUCCCCUUCCCAAAUGCCUGUCACCUCCUCAAUUUGGUGCAACAGGAAUUUCAGAUAGACAAUGCCGUGACGAAGAGAGUGAGAGAGUAAGAAUGAGAAGAAGAAGAGGAAGAUUUUGACUCUCCUCGCUUAUACUAAUGUGGGUUUAUGCAUGUCUGUGUGUGUGUGUGUGGGUGUGGGUGGGUGUGCGUGUGUGCGUACGUACUGAACUCACUCUUCGUUGUAGCGGCAGACUACAUAUGACGUUGUACAUAUACUACGUGCCGAAGUUUGUUUAUAUUCUGUGUAAAAAGAAACGAAAUAUGUUAAAAAAAAAAGACAUACCAUAAAUAAAUACGAAAGUCUUAACAUACGAUGGUUCAAUACUACUACUACUCAUAGCAUCAUUCGUUCAUUGUAUUACUAGGUGUGAAGGGAAUCAACUCAACAUGGCGUCACUAUAAAUAUUACCCCUGUGAAGUGUAUGGAUAUUAUUAUUAUUAUCAUUAUCUAUUAUUAUUAUUAUUUAUUUUUGAAGUCUUUUAUCUCCCUUUUUAAAACACGUGGAGGGAUGAUUUUAUGUAAUGUGUAUGUGUGUGUGUGUGUGUGUGUGUGUGUGUGUGUGUGUGUGUGUGUGUGCCCUGUUUGUUUAUGUUCGUCCCCAUCUAUGUGUGUGUGUGUGUGUGUGUGUGUGUGUGUGUGUGUGUGUGUGUGGAGAGGUAUCUUGGCUACUGACUGGUUGGCUGAGAGAGAGAGAGAGAGAGAGAGAGAGAGAGAGAGAGAGAGAGAGAGAGAGAGAGAGAGAGAGAGAGAGAGAGAGAGAGAGAGAGAGAGAGAGAGAGAGAGAGAGAGAGACCUCCAAGUCCAUAUGUGUGUGUGUGUGUGUGUGUGUGUGUUCACCAGUACCUACACACCUUCACAUCAGGAACAACAAAAAAAGGACUCCAGAAAAUCCCUUGGUAAAAAUAUACAAAAUAAAAAUAAAAAAACAUUCUCGAACCAUAGAUUUUUUUUCAUCAUUUAUUUUCUACAAAGAGUUCAGCGUUAAGUAAAUUUUUCCCUUCCUGACGUAAGUACUAAUUGGUAUGAGGUGUGUAUAUAAGGUGCGUACAAAUUGGUGAACAGACCCCAUCCCUCCCCUUCCGUUCCCUCAUCCCCUCCCUCCCUCCCGUGAAAGUUUUGUCCUCCUCCUCUUCCUUCUCCUCCUCCUCCUCCUUCCAACAUGGGAUAACCUGGUGUCGAUGUUUUCCUGUGUUGCUCGUCACAAAUAAACGUGAUAUCAGUGUUGCGUGUGUGUGUGUGUAUGUGUGUGUUGCGUGUAUGUGUGUGUGUGUGUGUGUGUGUGUGUGUGUGUGUGUGUGUGUGUGUGUCUGUGUGUCAUUCAUUCGUUACGUGUCAAGUUCACACACACACACGCUAAUAAAGAAUAAUAAAUAAUGUCACUCUUGGUACGUUGGUCACUCUUAACUCUUUUUAUGACCGAAUGGAGUUCCUAUGAUUAUCGCAUCCAUUGAAGCCGCCGCUCUCUGUGACGACAAAGAAGUGUUGUGUGAAACGAUGUAAAUCUCACACACGGAUUCGAAGUUGUUGGGGUCUUUCUAUAGCAAAGGAGGCAAGGCAGCUCAAGGGCUAAAACAAAACAAAAAAAACAGAAACAGUAACUAAAAUACGCCCUCUAGAUUCUGCUCCGACGAAGAGAAGUAAGAGAAAAGAAUGAAAAAAAGAACGAGAGGUCAAAAGGGAGAUUAAUCACUCACACUCGGACUCGGAGAUGACUUUUUACAGCAAGGGCAAGAGGGGCAGCUUAAGGGGCAAAAAAUAGGAAUAUCAACCAGAAAAUGCCCUCUAGACGCUGCCUCGAGAAAGGAAAUAUAAAGAACGAGAUGUCAGAGGAGAUGUAAUGCCAGACACAGAUAUUCGAAGUUGAGUUUUUGUACAGCAAAGGAAGGGAGGCAGUUCAAGGGAAAAGAAACAAAGAAACAGUUACCAGAAAAAGCCCGCUAGGAAGAAAAGGAGGAAAAAAGGAAGGAAUUAAAGAAGGAAAGUUUAUAAUAUUGAAAGCAUGAAAAAAUAAUAUCAAGAAAUGGAGGAAAAAAAACCGAGAGGGUGGAGAUCUUGCGCCUGUCUGUGUGUCUGUGUGUGAGUGUGUGUGUUCGACGUUCUGAGAGAGGCAUUUUCUGCGUUUGUGUGAAUGUGUAAAAAUGAAAAUCCAAGAAGAAAAGGAAUUAGGAAAUGUUUUAUAAGUGAAUCACAGCUUGAAGAUAAACUUUUGCUGUAGAGUGACGUUGUAAUGGUAUUGUCUCAUAUUCGAAAAAGGGAGAAAAUUACUUAGAGUGUUAGUGAAAGUGAACUUGUUUUAUGGAAAGGUAAACUAUGCUGUCAUGUUACCUAUAGAAGAUGAAAGCUUGGAACGUGACUCACAGCUAUUGAAAGUGAGUGAAAGUGCGUGAAGGUGAACGGCAAGUGAACGUGUAUUGUGGAAAGUGUGUCAUGCAUUUUUUAGAGAAAGGAAAAGAGGAUUAUUGACAAGUUACAUUCCUGAACUUAGUGUGAACGUGAGCUGGGUGAGGUUGGCUUGUGUUAAGAUAUUAUUGAACUUGAAUUGUGAAACUGAUUGUGUGUGUGGUGAACUGAAACCAAACUUGUGCUGUGAAACGUUAUGUAGGUUUUUGUUAGGAGAGAAAAAAAAAUAUAUUAGAAUACAUAAAAAAAAUAUAUAUAUAAAAAAACGAAUGUAAAAAGAAAAUUACCGAAGAGAGUGGGGACAAAGAAAAUAUCCAAAUAAAGAGAAAGGGAUUAAAGAAAGGAAAUAAAAGAAGAAAAAAAGAAAAAAUGCAAUUGAAGACAAGAAAAAGAAUGAAUUGAAGUGAACGAUGUUUUUUUUAUAUCAGAGAAAAUAAAACUUGAAAGACAAAUCACAGCUCACGAAACUUUGGUGUUAGAAUGAUGAAAUUGAAACUUGAGCUGUGAAACGCUAUCUAGUUUUUUGUUAGGAGAGAAAGAAACUUGCAAGAUAAAUCAUAGCUCACGAAACUUGGUGAUAGAAAGAUGAAACUGAAACUUGAGCUGUGAAACGUUGAAACUGUACUGGCAAAAACAAUAUUAGGUCUUCUUGGAGUAAGAAAACAAAUAUAAGGAAAAAAAUACCUCAAGAAACCUGGUUAAGGAAGAACAAUUUGAAACUUGAGCUGUGAAACUGAGAAUGCAACGCUGAAACUGCUGUAAAAUUUUCAGUAUGUCUUUUGGAGCAAGAAAAAAUAUAUAAAAAAUGCAACAUAUCGAGAAACAGGUUGUGUGUGAAGAUGAAACCGAACUUAAACUUGAAAAUCGUGAAACUGAGAGUGUGUUGCUGAUCCGUGAAACAUUUGAUAUAGAGACUUUUAAAGGAAGAAGAGGAAGAAACAAACAGAAAAAAAAUAAUAUGUCACAGGAAAAGAAGAAACAAAGUAGAAAAUUAAAAAGAAAAAUGUUAUCUUGACUUUUAGAAGAAGAAAAAAGUGAAAAAAAACGAUAUUACAAGAAAAUUAGAAAAGAAAGAAGAAAAUAAAACGAAAAAAACAUGUAAUCUAGUCAUUUUAAAAGAAGAAAAAUAUAGGACAAAAAAAAAUAUAUCACACCACACGAAACUACAUAUGCGAAGGUGAACUAUGAGAGUAACUGAGUGAGAAAAUGGACGAAAGUGCGUGAAACAGACCCUAAUGUGAACUCUUGAAUAUGAGAAGUGAUACAGGUCCUUUGCGAAACUGUGAGGUACGUGAUUCUGAACUUGUGCUGUGAGACAUGUCAUUACGUCACAGUGCCACGCCAAGCUCGAAUAUGUACCACGCGACUGAGGAAGAGGAGGAAGAGGAGGAGUGAGGCAAAUUAGGAGGUGCGCUGAGUGUGUGUGGGUGCAGGAUUAACAGGUGUGUGCGUGUGUGUCUGUAUAGAUGACCCUGAUUCUGGUACCGGUAUAAAGGUUCCUGGGCCUGGUACCGGCAUAUAGGUUCCUCUGUCUGGUGCUGGGUCCAAGUGCUGCCCAUUGAAAGAGACGCCGUGCCUGAAGACUCUUAGCUCUCUCCUCUUCUCUCUCGCUCUCUCAGAAUGCCACAAGACCUCCCAACGCGCUCUUUCUCUCUCUCUCUCUCUCUCUCUCUCUGGGAUCGUGUUUGAAAGGGUUCCGGUGCCCGAGACCUCUUCACUUCCCUCCCUCUCUCUCUCCCUCCCUCUCUCUCCCUCCCUCUCUUCUCUCCCUCUCUCUCUCUUUCUCUCUCCUUGCCUCACCUCAGAAAGAAAUAGUCCUGACCCCUUCCUCCUCCUCCUCCUCCUCCUCCUCCUCCUCCUCUUCUUCCUCCUUAUAGUGUGUUUAUAAAAAAAUAAAGGAGGAUAAUGAAGUUUAAAUUUUAUUGAAGGAAUGGAGAGAGAGAGAGAGAGAGAGAGAGAGAGAGAGAGAGAGAGAGAGAGAGAGAGAGAGAGAGAGAGAGAGAGAGAGAGAGAGAGAGAGAGAACCAGACGCCUCCAGUUCGCCUCCUCUCCUUAGUAACGUCUAUGUGUAUGUGUGUGUGUGUGUGUGUGUGUGUGUGUGUGUGUGUGUGUGUGUGUGUUAGCGCGCGUGUUUAAACUUGAGAACUAAAGAAAAAUAAAGAAAAACUAAACUAUACUAUAAAGAAAAGAGAGAAGAGAAAGAAAAAGAAAGAAAGAAAAGAACUAUAAAUGGAAAACAAUGAUAUUUACGGCACAAAUUGAACUCCAUAGAAAAACAAUAACAAUAACAACAAUAACAAAUGAAAUAAAAACAAAAUAUAGAAAGUGGCCCCUACUCUUAUAUGUGACGGUCGAAUUUAUUUUUAUGUUAUGGCCAGUGUGUAUGUGUGUGUGUGUGUGUUACGUACCUAUCCAUUACUACCAACACUACUCCGUUAGCGACUCAGAUGUUAUAUAUAUAGCGUGUAUUUGUCCCAUGUUUUGUAUGAUAAAUAUAUUGGGAAAAUAAAAUGUCAAGUGCUCA